CACAUCCGGAAAUAGCCAUCUUGCCCUUUGUUCCUUUUCCUCUUUGAGUGAUAUUUUUGCUCAACGUGGGGUUUGGUUUCAUGUUAUUGUAAACAUGUCACCUCAAGUGACCCCACAUUCCAAAUCCAGUUGUCCUGUUGUCCAGUCUGUGGCAAUCAGUGUGGUAGCAAACAGUCAAAAUGGUUGCGAGGUGCAGAAGGCUUGCGUGCCUUUGGAAUGAAAGGGUGACAUGCGGCCCGCCCUCUUCUUGGGUUCAUUCAGUACCUCACGAUCCCGUGAAGAGCAUGAGACAUUUGUUGAAAGCAUAAACAUGCAACUUUUAAUAUACGAUAAAGUUCCAUUGUUCGAGCAUUGUGCCCGGCGCGUUAAUUCGUUCAAGGUUACGAGUAGUUCAUGCUGUUGUUUUUUAUAUAUUUUUUUUUUGUUGAGGACUACUGAGAAGAGCAACGUGGUGAAGUAUGGCGUGAGCCCUCAAUGUUUGGGAAACGUGUCUGUGAUGAGACAGCCAGAGUCUAGCACCAGAUUAUUUGUGAAGCAUGAAGCGGUCUGCGGCAAGCAUGGAAGAACCGCCCAGUGGGGACGAGAUUCAAGCCCAAGGACGUAAACCUCAGGAUUGCCAAGAGGUCGUGAUAGACGGAGCGGCAAUGCUCGAGGCAGUAGAAGCCAUUGUGUCUUCUGAUGAUGCCACAUCUCAAUCCAACAUCAUCCUCCAGGAGUCAGAUGGAAGCACUCUUCUAACUCAGCUCGUUGAAGGGUCUCAGGUAGGGGUGAUUGCUCAGCACAUGGACAUCACAGAGCCUUUGACAACAUUACGAUCGCUGCUCGAGCAGCGGCUCGGGAUCACGUUGCACGACUAUGCGUUCUUUCUCCAAGAUACACAAGAGUUACAUUCAGAUAAGAAUCUGGUGGACCAGUGUGUUCAAGGAGAAGGUCUGGUGCAAGUAAACGUGGAAAUCAGCAACAAAGAUGGUUUGAAAAAGAUCAACAUCGUGGAUGUUUUGAAGCCUGCUGAAGAGAUCCUGACUGUGCCGCCCACCACCACGACUAUCCAGCAAGACACCGAUCUCAUCGGGGAGCCCCCAGUUGUGAGAAAAGUGGUCCUUCCAGAACAAGAGGAGCCUGAAAACAUCAGUCGAUGGAUCAUCUCGGGGGAGUUCAAGCAGGAGAUGGAAAAGCAUAAGAUACCAUCAGAUCCAACACUAUGGAAGCAGGAGCACGUUAUGCGUUGGCUGCAGUGGGCACAGAAACAGUUUUCUCUUCAAAAUCUCACAUCGACAGACUGGAACUUCACCGGAAAGCAGCUGUGCGAACUGACACAUGCAGAGUUUGUGCGCAGGGUCCCCUUUGAUCCUGGUGACCUGUUUUGGACACACCUCGAGUUGCUCAGAAAAUGCAAGAUAGUGGCCGUGAUACAACAGCCCAUGUACAUCCAGCAAGUACCCCAGCUCAUCGCAGUACCAAAGACGCCUACAUCCAAAGGAAGGAUCCGAGUGCCUAAACUCUCGCCCAGGGUUGCGUACGAAGGGUCACCAGGAAACCGGACAGGCAACAAUGGACAGAUUCAACUGUGGCAAUUCCUUCUCGAGAUGCUCACCGAGAAGGACAGCCGCGAAUAUAUUCAGUGGGUGGGAGACGAAGGGGAGUUCAAGCUCAACAACCCAGAGAUGGUUGCUCAAUUGUGGGGACUACGCAAGAACAAACCCACAAUGAACUAUGAGAAGCUCAGCCGUGCGCUCCGCUACUAUUAUGAUGGAGACAUGAUAGCAAAGGUUCAUGGCAAGCGUUUUGUCUACAAAUUUGUUUGCGACCUGAAGCAGCUUGUCGGCUACAGUGCGUCAGAACUCAAUCGACUUGUCUUGGAGUGUGAACAGAAAAAAAUGGAAAAGCUCGGCAACAGCAUCAUGUCAAUGACUACACUUGAAGUGCCUGCCAUGGACGCAGCUGAGGACCCUGAUGAUUUGUGAUACCGCUGCGACACACCCGUAUUUCUCUGUACAUGUCCACCUAUCCUCACUUCAGAAUUCCUUUACUUUGAACAAUCCUGUAUAGACUUAUCAUGGAGGUUGCAUCCCUGUAAGGAACUACGUAGCAUUGAGCUGGACUUGAUGAAAAAGAUGCAGAAAACCUUGAUAUGUGUACACUUAAGACCCCCUCGUUUCUGCACCAGCCUGUCGCAAAAUGUGUUGUACGUGGGCCUGAAUUGCAGAAUUUUUAUCCUUGAAAUAUAUUGCUAUGUGAUAUACUGGUUAUGUUUGGCAAAAAUUUGAGAACACUGUUGACUGGUAAGUACUACUUCAGUCUAUUUCUGCAAAUUAGCUGCAAGUGUACAAUCCUGCAGGACCCAAUUCAAUAAGGCAGUAUUGCAUGGGGGACUAGAUUGUAAGAUCGUUGUGCUGAAAAUUCAGCCUUUCAUACGACGGAAGAAAAUUUGUGAUUUGCACUUUGCAGAAAGGCAGUGAAUUGUACACUGAUUGUCAAUGUACAUUCUUAUAUUGAUGUAAAUACAAACUAAGAUGUAUCGUGUUCAGAUUAACAUUAUUCUGAAUAUUUGUUGAAGCUCUCAAGUGUUCUUUUCACUGUUGUAAAGUGCGUUAAUAGGCAGUGUUGACAGUGGCUCUGUGUGGGACAGGAAGGGGGGACCUUUGCUGUUCAUUACCUCUUUGUUGAUAACUGUCACGGUAAUAUUGCUUCUAAGUCUCUCACUGCCUAAAGGCAGGCACAAACUCUGACACUUAAGUUACCCUUUUUACGUUACAUAAUAUAUUUAGAGUCUGAAUUUUUAGAGAAAUAUUUUUUCUAAAUUUGGGGAGUAAAAAUCGGGUAAAUAAACAUGUGCUCUAAAUUCAUGCAAAUUUGGGUGAAAAAACUUCCAGUAUGCUAAAUUCGGGGGGGAAGGGCUCAGUUACCCAAACUAACUGUACUGGUUUGGUACAAAUGGUGAUGUAACUGCGUUUGCUUCAAAACCAGUUAGUGUGCAUUCCUACAGAUGUCUCAGUGAGGGCAAAAAUCUGGUUUCACCUUAAAGAGGAACCUUUGAUUCGGGGUGCAAAUUCGGGGGAGAAUCUGGUUAAACCCCAAAACUUCAAGCUCUAAAUAUAUUGUAGCGAUGGUGGCAAGACUGUGUACUGCGCUGUAUUUCAAAUUUUGUAAGUACCAUAAUUUGUCGACAUUCAGGUCUUGGAUGAUAUGUUCCUAGAAUUCAUCAUGGUCAUCACGAUGUGCAUUGUUAGUUACGUUAAAAUUCAGAGUAGCUUCAGAUUUGAUAUAAGCAUUUUGUCUGGCUGAGACAGAUUUUUGUCACUCCUAUAGUUUUCAUAUGACAUAUCAAUUACUUGUAAGCUCCCCCCUACACUCCCACACACACACUGCUGAGAUUCUGUUCUUCUAAACAGAGGCUUACACAGUUUCCUUAUGGCAUUAUGGACUGCGUUACUCAUGAAUUGCAAUUCUUGAUGCAAAAUGAGGUAAUCAUCAUUGUAAAACCUUAGUAAGUUUGCCUACUGUGCAUAGUCAUAUUGUAUAUAAUACACAGUGUUUCUGCCCGAUGGCAUCCUGUACAUAAAAUAUAUAAGUACACAUA